GUGUAUGUAUUACUUUGUUUAGUGAUCUUGUCUAAUCUGUAAACCAAGUUGGGUAUAUGCAGCAAAUGUGACAUUAAAAUAUGUACUUAUAUUAUAUCAUGUUUAUUCUAUUACAACUUUAAGCAAGUCUACAGGGAGUUUGGCCCCAUCACGUAGGACAUCAAUAGCGUAGCUCCUUAGCAGCUAGCCAGCUAGUUUAAAUAACGUUAGCUAUGCUGUAAUGACACCUGUUAAACUCACCUCAACUUGUCUUUUACAUUUUAACCCACCAUGGGCAAUAGAAAAGUCACUGUUGCAAACAGUGCAGCGAGCAACACUGUCAUUAUUUUUGAGGUCGACUGUAAAGCCCGCCCAUAGAGAAAACUGAUAGGUCUAUUUAGCAGGGGUCCCCAACAUGUUUUGCACCGCAGACCAGUUUAAUAUUGACAAUAUUCUUGCAGACCGGCCGAAUGGGGGGGGGGGGGCUGUUAAUCACGACCGGAAUAUAGGUGAUAAGUCAAUAGCAUCAUAACAUUUUAAGUAACGUUCGGAUAUUAAACACACAGUGCAUAUUUUCCCCGUAUGAACAUAUAAAAUCAUUGCAACACACCAGUAUCGCUGAAUCAGUGCGAGCCCUGGGCUUGUUUUCCUGCAACGAGACGGUCCCAUCGAGGGGUGAGGGGAGACAGCGACACUCAAAGGGGGUUCCUUAUGUCCAGUCUCUUCCACAAUUUAGUUUUCGUUGCAUUCAUUGCAGAAAACUCUGCUUCACAGCGACAUGAUGUUGGAAAUGGAAGCAACGUUUUCAGUGCUUUCGUGGCUAUCUCAGGAUAUUUAGCCUUGACUUUGAUCCAGAAUGCCAGCAGAGAUGUUAUGUCAAACAUACUUUUCAGCCCGCCGUCACUUGCAAGCUCGAGGAGUUGAUCUUUUUCCCACGCUGACAUGGAUGACACGUGCGUAAUGACCUCACGUGCGCUCAAGUUCAACAGUGGGCGUGACAGGGAAUGAGGAAAGGUGCAAAUGACUCAUAUCGCCAAAUCAUAUUGUUUCCUCACUGCCCGGUGGUUGCGGACCACUCUUAGCACGAAGAGAGACCAAUCAGGAUGCUCGCUCUCCCUCUCCCGCUCAAAAAAAUCUAUUUCCGGGAUAUUGUAUAUAAUUUUUGGGCACUAUUGAUAUGCGGGAGACUCCGAGAUCUUCCGGGAGAGGUGGGAUGUCUGUAUCUGUCUACAUUGUAAUCUCUUCCUAUGGAACUCAAAGCCUUCUCGAAUAAGUGUUGUUUAUUCCAAAGACACUUCAACCAAUUUUGCAGAUUUAGAUUUUAAUCUCCUUUUUAACAUUGUUGAUUAUAUUUUGGAGAUGGUCACAUUCUUUGUAGUGAGCUCUCUAUACUUAAGUAUACAAAAUAUAGUUAAAUUAAUUGAAAUAAAAUUACUUCAUUUCCAGAUCCUUAAUGAACAUGGCAUACACACAAAGAGGAUUUUGCAAGAAUUUCACUGAAAGUGAACUCAACUCAGCAAAGUUCACCAAAAAGAAAAUACAUUACCCAAGAUAACUGGGUAAUAAUCUCUACUGUAUGUUUGACAUUAUUUCAGCUGAUUGAUUGAUUUCUAGAUGUCCAGCUGAAUAAACCUACAGCAAGACCAAAGUUUGGUUUAAGUCAUUGGCAGGCUGGAAUUUUUGAUGUCUUAUCCAUUGGUAAAACCUGUAAGAUUUGAGAAUUCAUAACAAACUAAAAAAAAAUUAGAACUAUAUUUUGUGAUAUUGAGAAAAAUAAGGUGUGAUCUUAUUGAUACACAAGACCCCAAGUGGCACAGUGGGAUAAAUGUUGCGGUAUUUCCAUUGGUAGAUUUUUAAAUAAUGGGGCAGAGUAAUAAGGAAAAGGUUAUUUAACAAUUAGAGUACAGUAACUUCUCCAUGCAGAGGGUUGAAUCUCUGGCAACGUCUAAGUGAGAGGUUUGUGGAAGUUAAAUCACUAGGUAUUAAAGAGAAUUAUAUAUGUUUUGGAAGAUUAAGAUCAAGGAGUAAGGGUUAUGAAAAACUAUCACCAAUUGUUGUCUGGGACAGAUUGACUAUGCAGAGCAGAGCAGAGCUUGCUUUGCAAAAGCAGACUUGUAAGGCCAACUGGCCUUCGAGUGGUGCUAUUUUCUUGGGUAAUCAAUCAGGAAUGGCCAGGCAAUUUUUCCUAAGAUUGCAUAAGUCACCACAUUUACUGAAAUGGUCAACAUGCAACUUUAGGAAAUUUAGCUGAUGCUCUUUCGCAGAAAAUUUGUGAAACUUUAUUUGUCAUAAAAGUAAUGUUAGAAUUCAAAAUCUGAAUAAACCAAUGUACAAAAUCAGUAAUACUUUGGUUGCUUCUCAAAAAGGAAGGUGGUUGCACACUCUAUUGUGAUCAUUAAUGCACAUUAUCUCCAGAAUAUUAAACUACUUCUGAAGAAAGUAUCAGUUUAACUUGCACAUAGUUGUAAGUACAAUGGUCGGUUUCAACUUAGAGAAGGAGAAGGCAAUACUUCCCUCGAUUUCUCCCCAAAAGCCUGAACAAACAGGGCGUAAAUUGGAGAAUGUUCCCAAUUGGUUGGAUAUACUUCCUCUGGGUGGGGCUGAAGAUAUUCAAGUUACUUUAUCCUUCAACUAAAUAGACAAAAUAAGCAUUGAUGAUUAUGUAUUUUUUCCUAGUCGAAAUCAAAUCACAUUAAAAAAAAAUUUACAUCGUAUCACUAAAUUUACUUUUUAACCCUGUCGCGCACCAGCUUUUCAUACAAUUGGCGUGAAACGACACGUCACAAGUCUUCGCGCGCGCACAAAAAAAAUCUGACGUUUUAUUAAAGUGCAAAUGCGAAGAGGGGGUAGGCUGGGAUUUAACCUUUUCCUGAUUAAAAAAAAAAGAAGGGGAUAUUUGUUGGUUAAGCUGACAGUCAGUGAUACCUUCCGAGUGCGAUGUCGGUGUCGAGCCACCAUACCUUUACCUGUCACUCAAAAGGGAAAAAAAACACAAGACGCCUCCAUCCAGUAGUUUUCCACCUGACAUGUAAAACACGUGGCCAUUAAAAAAAAGAGGCGGGGAUAACGAUAAUGUUUGGGGAAAGAAAGUAAUUUGCACCGUGAUCACCUCCUUGGUUACUAGUGCGCCGCACGUGACGGGGGCGCGUCUCACUCACUGCCUGGGUUGCCGAUGCGAGUUCAAGAGCGGAGCCGCUGCGGGGGAGCAGGCUGUCGGGGUUCACGUAUAAACUACCUUCAGAGACAACGACAGCGCCACGGGAAUCAGUGGGAACCGGGCAGUCCCUUAUGUCCCGCAAAUCCAGCAGCAAUGAGUAUAUUCUGAACGAUCUGAGGGGGGCGAGGAAGAUCGAGCGAGAGGAGGGGCAGUGGGAGGAAGUAGUCGGCGAGCGCAGACUGUUUAAAGCGCUCGGCGACAGCAGCAGCAGCAACAACAACAGGCAGUUCGCGGCCAUGGCAACUGGCGCCGGGGCCGAGAUCGAGCGGGCGGCGCGCCAGCAGUUCCAGGACAACGGCACCCCUAAAUUCGUCUACGUCCUCUCCGCCUUCGCCGCGCUGGGCGGCUUCUUGUUCGGCUACGACACCGGCGUUGUCUCGGGUGCGCUACUGCUGCUCAAGAAGGAGUUCGCCCUGAACGAGCUGUGGCAGGAGCUGGUGGUCUCCUCUACCGUGGGGGCGGCAGCCAUCUCGGCGCUGAGCGGCGGCUUCUUCAACGACCGUUUCGGCCGCAAGCCCUGCAUCCUCUGUUCGAGUUUGCUCUUCAUGGUGGGGGCCGUGGUGAUGACGGCUGCCAAAGAGCGGUACACCCUGCUGGCUGGACGUGUCGUGGUGGGGCUGGGCAUCGGACUGGCCUCCAUGACAGUAACAGUAUAUAUUGCAGAGGCUGCACCCUUCCAUAUGAGAGGACGAUUAGUUACCAUUAAUACACUCUUCAUAACUGGAGGACAAUUUUUUGCAAGUAUUGUUGAUGGAGCAUUUAGUUACCUUGAAACAAACGGCUGGAGAUACAUGCUUGGGCUUUCAGGUAUUCCAGCUAUUAUUCAGUUCGUGGGAUUCCUUUUCCUUCCAGAAAGUCCACGAUGGUUAAUGCAGAAAGGAAAGACUCAGAAAGCACGCAGAGUACUGAGUCGGAUUCGUGAAACGCAAAAUAUUGAGGAUGAAUAUGAGUCCAUCAAAAAUAGCAUUGAGGAAGAAGAGCGAGAAGCAGGAGAAGGUGGUACCGUGCUGCGGAAGAUGUUAUCAUACCCACCAACCAAAAGAGCACUCAUAGUUGGAUGUGGAAUGCAACUCUUUCAGCAACUUUCUGGUAUCAACACAGUCAUGUACUACAGUGCUACGAUAUUGCAGAUGUCGGGAGUCCAAGAUGACAAACUGGCAAUAUGGUUGGCAGCAGUCACAGCAGGAACCAACUUCAUUUUCGCAAUGGCUGGAGUCUGGCUGGUUGAGAAAGCUGGACGCAGAAAACUCACCCUAUUUAGCCUUACAGGAACAACAGUAAGCCUUGUGAUUCUAGCAGUUGGGUUUUUAUUAUCGGCUCUAACGUCACCACCUGUAACGCUGCACCCCAGAGACCCUUCUGGACGUAAUGUCAGCUGUAUGAAUUAUAAAUUUUGCGACAGUUGUAUCUUGGAUCCAAACUGUGGCUUCUGUUUUAAAAUGCAACAUCCUAAUGUAACAGAAUCAUCCUGUGUUCCUGUGAGCAACAGAUCUGAUACCAGUGCUGCCUGGGGCAGAUGCAGUAAUGAGUCUGAGUUUAAGAAAAAAGGGGUAUCUUGGGCAUUCAACUUCUGCCCCACAAAAUAUUCCUGGACGGCAUUACUGGGUCUUAUCUUGUAUCUUGUGUUUUUUGCACCAGGAAUGGGUUCUAUGCCUUGGACAGUAAAUUCUGAAAUAUAUCCCAUGUGGGCAAGAAGUACAGGGAAUGCAAUGGCUUCUGGAGUCAACUGGAUUUUCAAUGUCCUUGUAUCAGUGACAUUUUUGCAUUUGGCAGAGUAUCUCACGUAUUAUGGCGUUUUCUUCUUGUAUGCUGGUCUAGCUACCUUAGGAUUGUUCUUCAUAUAUGGAUGCCUUCCAGAAACUAAAGGAAUAAAGCUGGAGGAAAUUGAAAGCUUGUUUGAGAACCGACUAUGCACAUGUGGCCUUUUGGAUUCUGAUGAAGCUGCUAGUCCACUUGUUCAAAGAGCUGAAAAUGAAGAUGGCAUUGUGUGGUAUACAGGUCUACACAGAAGUUGAACUUUCUCAGAGGCAACAACACGACUGUUUGUCAACUUUAUCUUCUUUGCCACAUUCUCAUGAUCAGUUACAUAGCAGAGAUCUUCAGCAAUCUGGCAUCUUGGAUAAUGAAGUA